GGGCCGGCGGCCGCGGGGAGGUAGGCCCCCGGGGGUGGCGCGGACCAUGGCGCGGAGACCGGGGGCGCCGGCCGCCUACGGAGAGGAGUUCUCCUUCGUCAGCCCGCUGGUGAAAUACCUGCUCUUCUUCUUCAACAUGCUCUUCUGGGUGAUUUCCAUGGUGAUGGUGGCUGUGGGUGUCUACGCCCGGCUGAUGAAGCAUGCAGAAGCAGCCUUGGCCUGCCUGGCGGUGGAUCCUGCCAUCCUGCUCAUCGUGGUGGGUGUCCUCAUGUUCCUGCUCACCUUCUGCGGCUGCAUCGGGUCCCUGCGCGAGAACAUCUGCCUCCUACAGACCUUCUCCCUGUGCCUCACCAUCGUGUUCCUGCUACAGCUGGCUGCUGGGGUCCUGGGCUUCGUCUUCUCAGACAAGGCUCGGGGGAAGGUGAGUGAGAUCAUCAACAAUGCCAUUGUGCACUACCGAGAUGACUUGGAUCUGCAGAACCUCAUUGAUUUUGGCCAGAAGAAGUUCAGCUGCUGUGGAGGAAUUUCCUACAAGGACUGGUCCCAGAACAUGUACUUCAACUGCUCAGACGAUAACCCUAGCCGUGAGCGAUGCUCUGUUCCUUACUCCUGUUGCUUGCCUACCCCAAACCAGGCAGUGAUCAACACUAUGUGUGGCCAAGGUAUGCAGGCUCUUAAAUACUCGGAAGCUAGUAACGUCAUCUAUACCAACGGCUGUAUUGACAAGUUGGUCAACUGGAUACACAGCAACCUAUUCUUACUUGGUGGUGUGGCACUGGGGCUGGCCAUCCCCCAGCUGGUGGGAAUCCUGCUAUCCCAGAUCCUUGUGAAUCAGAUCAAAGAUCAGAUCAAGCUACAGCUCUACAACCAGCAGCACCGGGCUGACCCAUGGUACUGAGAAUCCACCCUGCACCUCCUCACCAUGGCAACAGGCAAGCCUCACUGACCAGCAGCAGCUGGGUGCUGAGAACAGCACCCAAGGAGAUUUGGAUUCCAGCUCCCCGGCAGUCAUGGCCCACUGGGACGAAGCAAACUCUGGAUGCACAGAAAGAAGGGAGGGUGUGCAGGGGGCUCAAGUCUCAGAGGAUGUGCCUCCCUCCCCCAUCCUAGCCCUCAGCAUUGUUAAGAGAGUUAUUUUGUGUUGUUUCUAA